GACGUCGCAGUAGUUAGCCCUACUAUACCGUAAGUCUUUUAGGAAAAUGUGUACGUUAAGUGUUCUAUCCACACCAACAUAGUGGAUUUACUACGACUGUUAAGAAAACCACUGUCAUGAGUGGCGCAGUCCGACAGAUCACUGUAACUACUCAUUCAGACACCCCCUACUUCCUGCGAGUGGACUGGGCCGUAGACCUGGGUGCUGGAUUCACAUUAGCUCUCACCGAUGGCAACUCAGCAUGGAUCGGAGAGGUUUCAGAAGAUGAGGUGACGAGGGAAGCCGACGAUAUGGGAGUCACAAGGGAGAAAUAUGUUGAGGAUCUUCUUCAAGCACUAACAGGAGGAGGAGGAAGGAGACGAGGCGAGGGGGAGGUGUGCUCUUUCCACCUCACUCCAGAUCACAGUCAUCUCUCAUAUCAGAAGACCUAUAAUGACAUCUCGGUACACUUGGGUUCUGUGGAGCUCCAGCCAGCUCCAGACCCUCUAGAGCUGAACCGGGAGAUGAUUGGCCAGUCCCUAAAGCGCAGUACAGAUCUGGAGUCAGACAACAGCAAGCUGUUGGAGGAGAACCGCAGACUGAGAGAGGAGCACCGGAGAAUACUGGGAGAUCUGGAGCAGCAGGUUCAGGAUAAGGAGAUGUUGGAGAGGGAUUUGUACUCCCGUUUUGUCAUGGUGCUGAACGAGAAGAAGGCCAAGAUCAGAGGCCUGCAGAAUGCUGUCAGCCAGCUCCAACAGACCAGUGACCAGCAGAGAGAUGAGGAGGGGAGACAAAGUGACAAUGACACAGCUCAUAGGGAAGAUGACAGCCAGGACAGAAGAGAGGAAACAGUUGAGAGCAUCCAUCCGUCUCAGGAGCCAACUAUCCUCAUCACUGGUUUGACGCAGUCUCGUGUGCCAUGGCAUCUCUUUGGACCAGACUUUUUCAGAUGAUGAAGAUGUACAACCGAGACGAAAGCGGAGGUUGCUUCACACCCUGAGCCCAGAGUCUUGUGAGCAGGAAUAGAAACUCAGGUUAGUUAGAUGUCCAAUGCAACCGAUGUAUGGCCAUAUUUGGUAUCAUAGUUGUUCCCCUGCAUUACUGACAUUUUUAGUUCAUGAAGCGGUUGGAUGGAGCAUCGUUUCACAUACAGUAGUGGUUCAAAGACAAAGCUUAUUAUUUAAGGAGUUUAGAUGGGAACAUUUAAGAGAAAUUCAGAUACCAAUUAAGAUCUCCGAUGUCCCCAGUCUUCUCUCAGUGAAAUAAUAAGCUGUUCCAGGUGGCCCCAAACCAUAGUGACAACAAUGCUAGGGAAAUCACUUCAAGCUUAGUUUUAUGGGCCUUUUAAACAUUCAUUCAUGACUUCUUUUCAGUUUUCGGCACUCAGACAAACGUCUGAACAACCACCGCAGUAACAGAUGUGGGGUGCCCUACUGAAUUUUUCUCUUCCACUCCCCCCAUUAACAGAGGAUGAAUCAUCAUUUUGUCGUCAUCAUUUGUGUUGCAGAAAAAACCACACAUGCACACUUCCCAGCAUCCACCAGUGUCUGCUCUGGGCUCUGCACAUUUCUGCAUAAUGAUUUAACUCUUAUAGCAUUGAUCGCAUUACUCAUUAGGGCCAUACAGCACUCCUCAUGCUGCCUCUGACCACAGCACUGGUCUCAGAUGAGGAGCUGGUCUCCAGAUGCUAAAGAUAGGUGCCGUCUCCUCCUAGGAAAUAGAAAGGGUUAAAUGAAAGGGAUAUACUGUAUUUAUUCUGCACUUAGCAAAAACAAAAAAAAGAAACAACAAACAGAACAAUUUUUGAUAUUUCUAUCUAUUCACUGCCUUAAACUCUUCUGUUUUUCCCAUGGGAGAAUACAUUUAGAAUACAUUUCAAUGGGUGUGAACGUCUUAACAACAUGACUUCAUAAAGUUGGACUCAGUGGUGGGUCUGACAGACUCUAAGAGAUAAAUCAGCUUCUGUUAAUGUUUGGAUUUUCAGAGGUCUCCUGAACAUCCGACUCAGACAUACAGUGUUGUGGGGUCUGUCUACAUUCAGCAGCUGCAUGUGUUUCUCAUGCUGCACUGACUCACUGCAAUAGAAUGAUCAGAGUUUCUUGGAGUGCUUCCUUUUAAGAACUCAAAAAUGGGUUCAGACUAACGUUGUUCUCGUUGGUAUGCUCCUGCUGCAAAAGAAGUCUGAGAGUCUGAAGAGCAACAUUUAUCACAAUUAUGCAUGACACAAAAGAGUACUUUUCAAGCAGUAACACCUCCAGAUUAAGUGGUUUCAUUGGGACUAAUAUCAAUCUAUUCAAUCUAAUCGACUGUCAUCAUGUUGUCAGUCAAUAUAUGGUACAUUUGGUAAGCUCACCUCCCUUCACAUUUGUUGUAGUGACACUACAUGAUCUAAAAUCCUCAAAACAUCCUCCCACAGCUUACAUUUGGGUGUUGGCUGGCAAAUAAACCAAACUGAAAAUGACGGCGGUGCGUAGUGUCACUUGGACCAACUAAGCAAUGACAGCAGUAGCUUUUGAGGUCCAGAGAAAACAUGUACGUGGUUUUUCUAUCUUAACAACUAGCAUAAACUUAGCAUUAUAGUAAUAUGUUGGGCUGUAUUUGCCAAUGUACAUCUCCAUAUUGAGGGAUACAGCAUUUAACAUGUGGUGUUUGUUUUAUUAGUGCGAAUUAUAAAUUACCUCUGACUUUCACCCCCCUGUCGUCCCUUCUGCCUUUGCCCCAUUUUGUCCCUCCACCCUCCUCAGUGAAUAGCUGACAUUCAGGACUCAAAUCCCUAACCCUAAGGCUUUUAUGAUGAGCAGGUUGUGUUGAUCUCUGUCCAGCUUUGUGGCGAGCAGCUUUCAGCUAGUCAACCCUCACCUCGAUACGCACGAGUAAAACAGUGACAACAGUGUCCUGGAGGUGUCCCCGGAUUUGAUGCCAGAUUUUGUCCCAGAUUGCGAAAGCAGUUUACAGAAAGCCGGAGCAUGUUACUGCCAUCUGGUUUGCUUUAGCUGUGACAGUUACCUGCCACAACGCUCACAAGAGACUUGCUGCUUGUCUCUCGUCUUCAGUAAAUCAAUAGACAUACACGCAGCAAUGAUAUCUUUUCCCACAUGGUCUAGUCCGCGUGCUCCGUUCGGUGCUGCCGUCAAGACUUUGCCCAGAUGCAAUAGCGGUCAUGUGAUAACAUAACAGGCACUUAACGCCCUCCAGUGCUUCCUCGAGAACUGAUGGCGUUGCAGCUAAUGACUUGGAGAACAUGGUAGAGAAUCUGGACCAGGAAUAUGGAAGCAAUUUCUCUCAAGAGUUCGCCCUGAGCCUGAAUUUGGCUGCCAAGCCCCUUCGGCCUUGGCUCUGUGUGAGACCGGAGAAAGAGUAACAACUACUGAGGGACAACAGGCUACACCCAGAAAACAGGGUGUCACCACCAAGGCACCGAAGCUGCUUUGUUGCUGCUUAUUCAUCAUGUCUUGCUGAUGUUUUCCUCCCUCUUUUCAUUAUGAAAAUAAACUAUAUAAACUAUAUGCCACCUCUGUCAUUUCCCUUUUCUAAACUAGCAUUUUGUGAACAAUAAUUUGACCUCCCCCUUUUUUCUCAGUUUCAUCUUCCCUUUUAUUCUGUAGGUUUUCUAUGGCUCAAACUACCUGAGGGGUGUUGUGCAGAAGGUUAAUAGGGUUAUGUUGUCUCUCACCACCAUCACCUCCUCACCUCUUCCUUUACCUCUGCUACCAGCUUUAGGUCCUGAGGUCAUCACAGUGUGUCUUCACACUGACAGUAAUGAACGUAUGGAGACCUAUUCAGGGUCUUUAUCUGACCAUUCUACCUUUGACUCCUGGACCCUCCUGCUGUCUUUUAUGAUUCUGAUGAUACCUACAUGUCUGCUGAAGACCACGGGUGGCUGCCAGGAUAAUCCCACAACACGCGCUUGCUGGUUUAGUAAUCCCCACAGGAAUGUCACACUCUCUACAUCCCAUCAAUAAGGUAUUUUAUAAAGUCCAGAUCAGUUUCUAAGGAUGAACCACAGAUGAGCGCAUGACAACGCACAAUGGAGGAUGAGACAAAGUGUGAAAGAUUAGGAGACUACACUGAGUAUUUCAGUCAGUGGUGUCAUUCAGAAUGUAAUGAUGAGCAUGCUUGUUAUUAAAUGCAAAUGUUGAACCUACUGAUAAUUUACUCUUAUUUAAAAGAUAUUCUAAAUGUUUCCACUUUAUUUUGAUUUGAUUUUAAAUAUAACAGAUGUCCCCUUGAAAUUUACAGGUAGGAGAAAGUCGUGUUUUUAUAUGUGAACUGUUUUAUCGGUAAAUACAUGUUGUGAAACGUCCCACAAGAUGUUAAUUUCAACCUGACUUAAAUAAACAUUUACUUUGCAAUAUUUUCGCCUUCUCAGCAUUUUCUAAAUCAUAUGCCACCGCCCAAGACACAAACAACAUAAGGAGUAUCCUAUUUGUGAAUGAGAAAGGAAGUUUGAAACCAUGAGGUUAUUGACUGUACAUGUGAACCACCACUGUCCUCUCAUGAGAGGUUUUGUUCUGUGCAGUGAAAACAUUAGAAUUUUCUGUAUAAAUCAAUGCUAUGAAGAUGGUUUUUAAUACAGUGCUGUAUCCUGACUCAACCUUCAUUAUUGGCAAGAAUUUGUUAGCCUGAAGAAUAUUGAUUUCUAAUGAGAAUGUAAUAAUUAAGAAUUAUUAUUAAGGAAGUAUUUAUUGCUAAAAUGAAAUGUCCAUUUCCUGAUUUUCUACAAUAACAAUAAAAAGGAGACGUAAGUGUAAUUGGUUGGAAACAGAAAACCUUAAAUUAUCUUGCAUGGGCUGUAGCAGCUGUAGCCUGCAGCGUGGACACAUUUGUAUAACUCAGGAGAAACGUUACACCACAUGUUCACCCAGCAGAGCAACUAAUGAUACUGAAUCAUUUCCAAUAAUAUAAGACUCGUGUUAGCUUGUCAGAAUCAGAAACCACUUUAUUGCCAAGUGGGUUGUCACAUGCAGAGAAUCUGUCUUGGUCUUGUAUUGUAAAAUUGUAAAAUUAACAAAGCAAGGAAAAGAAAACAGGUGCUGAAAAAGUCAAGAGUCAUAAAUAUAAAGUACAAAUGUACAAUUCAAAUCUGUAAAAUAUGUAUGUUCUAAAAUGAAGAGCAGUAUGUUGUUUAAAAUGAGGAGGAUGGAAUGUGGAAAAUACUGUUAAAAGAAAGUGCAAAUGUUCACAGUUUAAAGAAAAGAGAAUAUUUGUAA